CCACCUCCACUUCGACCACUUCACCCUGCCCCAUCACCAUCCAUCCACUCGUCCAGUGCGCCUAUAGCCCCUCCGUCGCCCUCACGCCUUUCUCUCAUCCCACUGUCUCUUCUCGGCUCUCGGAUUGCUCCGGAUCUCCAUCUCUCCUCCGCUCUGGUCGUUUCAGUUUCAGCGCUACUCUCCCAGCCAUGGACGCUAUCCUCGAACUUAUCCCCCCCAAGGUCGCUGCCUACAUUCCGGGCCUUGACACGUCGGCAUACGUCUAUGCCGCCGGCGCCGACCUCAUCAACCUCAACAAGCGCAGCCUCUGGAUUUCCGCCGCCUCUAUCGUCUUCAACCCCCUCUACUGGAACAUUCUCGCGCGUAAUGAAUACCGCAAAGGAACGCUGCAGAAGAUCUUUGGCGGCUCGCUCGGCGCCACCUACUUCUUCUUCGUGACCAUCUUCUCCCUCGGCAUCCUCCGCGACUACCUUUACGAGCGCGCACUCUCCGAGCAGCCCCACUGGGCGCCCCUAGCUCAUCCGGGGUUCAAGGCGCUCGCUGUUGCCCUCUUUGGUGCCGGUCAGCUCUUCGUCGUCACGUCGAUCUACGCCCUCGGUCUCACCGGCACCUACCUCGGCGACUACUGCGGCAUCCUCAUGUCGCACCGCGUCACCAGCUUCCCCUUCAACGUCCUCGAGGACCCAAUGUACGUCGGGUCCACCCUCGCCUUCCUCGGCACUGCCAUUUGGUGCGAGAGCGCUGCGGGUCUGGCUCUGACCGCGCUCGUGUGGGUCGUCUACUCGAUCGCCCUGAAGUACGAGGGCCCCUUCACCGGCAUGAUCUACGAGAAGGCUGCCGAGGCUAAGGCCAAGCGCGCCGCUGAGGCCGGCGUUCCCGUCCCAGCCCCGGCGCCGUCCACCCCGCCCCGCAAGUCGGAGCGCCUCGCCGAGGCCGCCGCCACCACCACUUCGGCUACCGCUGCCCCCACCGCGACCGGAAACGGUGCGGCGACGCCCCGCCGCCGCGCGGCCGGCCGCAAGUCAGCCAUCGCCAAUGAAACCCUCUCCGCCAGCCCCAUGCGCGUCACCCGCAGCCGGUCCAAGGCCCGCUCUGACGCCGAGGGGAGCGAGUAAGCCUCUCGCGAAGAGCAAAACGUCCAAGCUGGAGAGCCAUGCCUCAACGGCACUCAAAAACACGCGCUAGUCACUAGAUCGCUGGCUAUCCGAUACCCACGACUUUGGACCAUACCCAACGUCGUAAUUACUACCCUUGUCCUCAUACCGCGGCGCCGCCGCUGCCUGUGCGAUGGGCGCAUUCAUCUGUGCUGUAGCAUCUCUAUGUAUCUGCGUACGGGCGAG